AGCUGUCAGCUUGAAGAAUUGUUUCUUUUCAUAUAUUUGUUGAAAUAAUUUUAUAUUUAACUAGGAUAAAUCACUAAGGUGUUAAUAAUAAGCAUUUAAUCAUGGGGCGGCGUUCUAUAAAUACCACUAAAAGUGGAAAAUAUAUGAAUCCUACGGAUCAAGCCCGCAAAGAGGCACGUAAGAAGGAAUUGAAGAAAAAUAAAAGACAACGUCAAAUGGUUAGAGCUGCUGUUCUUAAAGGAAAGGACCCGACACAAAUAAUUGAAGAAAUGGAAAAAAUUGAUGAAAUGGAAUUCAAUGUACAUCAAGCAUCUCCACUAAACGAAAAAGUCCUCAAAGAAAAACGGAAAAAGUUAAAAGAAACUUUGGAUAGAGUGUUAAAACUCUACGAUAAGGAUGACCCUGAACAAUGGGCUGAACUGAAAAGGAGAGAAAUUGAUUAUGAAAGGCGACGCAACAAAUUAGUUGCUCACUAUGAAGCUGUGAAACAUGCACAAAGUGUGCAAAUAGAUGAAAUUCCUUUGCCUUCUCUUCAGAUUCCAGAUAAUUUAACAUCUAUGUAUAGUAUGCCAGCACAAAUACCAUUGCCUUCGAUGCCUCCAAUGUUGCCUAAACCUGUUCUAAAAGUUACUUCAAAAUCUGGAGGUAUAUUGAAGAAAUCUUCUGGACAGUUAAAUGCAAAUAGAAAGCCACCUGGAGUACCACCCGGGCCACCGCCUUCCUUAUCUGAUGAUGAUGAUGAUUUUUCAGAAAAUGCAACUGUGAUUGCAGCAAAAACCAAAUCAAGAAUAAGAUUUUCUGAUGAUAUUGAAGAUAGCCAAGAUAAAGAAUCUUUAGAAAAUGAUGACAUGACACAAUUGAGAGUUCCUGGAACUGAAAUUGUAGAAUUGAAAGCUAAACCUACGUCACUUCAACAACGCAUGUUAGCUUUAUCAGGUCAAAAUAUUGAUGAAUUCAUGAAAGAAAUGGAAGUUGUGCAGCGAAAACGAGAACAAGACAGAAAUAAUGAUAGCAAUGCAAGAACUGAUUCCGAAGAAGGAAAUGAUGAAACGUCAGAAACUCCAAACUCAUUUUCAAGUAUCUCAGUUAACAAUAUGGCAACUAUGGGCAUGCCUCCACCACCGCCAGGAUUGUUUCCACCCAUGGAAAAUAGAGAAAUUCCACUUGCUAUGAGAUUACCUCCAGGACCACCGCCGACACGACCCAAUAUGCCUCUCGGACCUCCACCUGGCUUACCUCCACGCAUUGGGUUACGAUUACCUCCAGGACCUCCUCCUGGUUUACCACCACGUCUGAUGCGCCCCCCAAUGGCACCUAGAAUGUCUAUGCACAUGCCAAUUAAUAAUGCACCAUCUUCCACUCAGCAUCAACAACAAUCACAAACAAAUAAUGUUCUCUCUGCUGCACCUCAAUUAAUCAGUCAUACUGAUAGGCCUAAACAAGGCGCCACUAUCAUGGCUAAACCACAAAUAAGAAAUUUAAGUGCAGAUAUCACUAGAUUUGUUCCAUCAGCACUUAGAAUCAAGAGAGAUGAUAAGAAGCUGAAAGUUCAAAAGGCUACUAGUUUGAUUAGAGAUGUUGUACAAGAGAAACCCAAAGAAGGACAAACUAAAGAUGAUGCAUAUUAUCAAUUCAUGAAAGAAAUGCAAGGCUUAUUAUAAAUUCAAUUCUGGAAAUCUAUCAAGUAAAAUAAAAUAAUUAUUAG